AUGGAUCAACAAAGAGAUUUUGCACUUACCCAGAUGAGAAGAUCCGUUGAGAAGCUUGGUUCUUCUGCAGAGGGGUAUGGGGACCAUACACUGACGAGGUUUCUGAUUGCUCGAUCAAUGGAAGUGGAAAAGGCAGCAAAGAUGUUUGUGCAGUGGCAGAAGUGGAGGGGUGGCAUGGUGCCUAAUGGAUUCAUUUCAGAGUCUGAGAUUCCAGAUGAACUUGAAGCAAGGAAGAUCUUCUUGCAGGGCUUGUCUCAGGACAGAUUCCCUCUCAUGAUUGUUCAAACCAACAGACAUUUUCCUGCCAAGGAUCAGAUUCAAUUCAAGAAAUUUGUUGUAUAUAUUCUGGACAAGACAAUUGCAAGUGCUUUCAAAGGAAGGGAGGUAGGAAAUGAGAAGAUAAUUGGGAUUAUUGAUCUGCAAAAUAUUUCUUAUAAAAAUGUUGAUGCACGUGGGUUAAUCACAGGAUUUCAAUUUUUACAGAGUUACUACCCUGAACGUUUGGCAAAGUGCUAUAUUUUACACAUGCCGUGGUUUUUUGUGAGUGUUUGGAAAGUAGUUUCUCGUUUCCUAGAGAAGGCUACCCUAGAAAAGAUUGUAAUUGUGACCAAUGAAGAUGAGGCAAGAGAGUUUAGAAGAGAGGUUGGUGAAGAGGUUCUCCCAGAAGUGUAUGGUGGAAAAGCCAAACUUGUAGCCAUCCAAGAUGUUGAAUUGGCACCUCUGCAAAAUGGAUCAACAAACUGA